GGUGUCGAAAAUCUAACCAAUGGAGAUCGUUUCGAUGGAAAAUGGCAAAACGGUGAAAAACAUGGGCAAGGUGUUCAAACAUUUGCUAACGGUGCUAAAUUCGAAGGACAAUGGAAGAACAGCGAACGACAAGCAGAAGGCCGUUUAACUUUAGUCAACGGUACCUACUAUCAAGGACAUAUUGGCAAUGAUCAUAUUAAACAAGCAAGAAGUAAUCAAACUCUAGGCAUGCAAUGCAACCGAACUCGAUACACCUAUACAUAUACUUAUCAAUGA